AUGUCGCAAGUUGCCGCCAUCCGCAAGCUGGCAUCGCCUCUUGGUGUAGCUGCGGGACCUUUGCUCUCUUCCGACUGGGUUGCGCUGGCCGCAUCGCGGGGGUUCGAUUGCCUCACUUACAAGACCAUUCGCUCGCACUACCAUGCCGGACACGGCCUUCCCAACAUCGUUCACCUUCAAGUUGAUAAACAGCUCCCGGCUUUCGGUCCUGCGUGCCAAGAGGUGCUAUUCGCCACGGACAAAUUCCCCCCACCGUUCUGCUGUAACGGCAAGAGCAGCAACAGCAAUUGCCGCAGCAGCACCACCACCCCAGCCCCGAAAUCAGGAGCGCCCGAGGACUCCCUAGCUAGCAUUACCACAGGCAGCGGCGACGACCACGCUGACGACAUCGAUGCCGUACGCGCUGCCGGCGGCAGCGGCGGGGGCGACAAGAAUGGUGACGGCGGCCGCGGCGGCGGCGGCAACUUCGUUCCGUUGACUAUCACAAACAGCUUCGGUAUGCCCAGUUUGGGCCCCGAGGAGCUCCUGGUGGAUAUCCCCCGGGCUGCGGCGGCUCUGAGUCCGGGGCAGAUGAUGGCCGUGUCGAUAACGG